CAAGAACGGAGAUAAAUGCAUGGUUUACCACAAUUCACAGACAGUUUUGCAGACAUACUCGUCGACUAAUCAUGUGGGAAAUAAGUUUUUUUUUAACAGCAACUCUUUUUUUUAUUGUGACGUUACUACUUUUCUAUUUGGGAUCACGAAAACCCCACGGAUAUCCACCAGGUCCGCGAUGGUGGCCGAUUCUCGGAUCAGCUUUAGAAGUCAAACGACUAAGAAAAGAAACUGGAUCCCUUGCUUCGACUUUCACAACUUUAAGUAAAAAAUAUGGCCCUGUAGUGGGAUUAAAAAUAGGAGUCGAUCGAAUCGUCGUAUUAAAUAGUUUCGAAAGUAUGCGAUCAAUGUGUUUAAAUGAUAUUUGCGAUGGAAAACCCUUUGGUCCCGUUUAUGAAGUUCGAACAUUCGGCAAAAGACUCGGUCUCAUUCUUACGGAUGGGAAUUUAUGGAAUGAACAGCGAAGAUUUGUAGUGCGUCAUUUGCGUGAAUUUGGUUUUGGAAAGACAAGUAUGGCAACUUUGAUUGAAGAGGAGGCACAACAUCUUGCUGAUUAUUUCAAGAAGCUUAUUCGAAGGACGACAUCCAGUACACGUGACAACUUGUCAAAUGAUAACAAUAAUUCCUCCUACAAUAAUAAUAAAAAAUCAAAAGAUGGACAAAUUUAUCAAUUAAUUGACGAAAUGGAAAUGACAGUGGAGAAAAAAGAAAAAUUCAAACCAAUGAAAUUGGAGAAUGUUUAUGCAAAAGCCGAGGACUAUGAGGAAAUUCGCAGACUCUCACAACCGAAGAGUGUUGUUAUCUCAAUGCAUGAUGCUUUUGGUGUUCCCGUAUUGAACACACUUUGGCGAAUGAUGGCCGGCAGACGAUACAACACGGAUGACAAACCAUUGAAACAUCUUUUGAGGAUUCUUAACAAACUUCUUGGCGAAAUUGACAUGAUUGGUAGUCCAUUUGGUCAUUUUCCUUUUCUAAGAUACAUUGCACCUAAAGCAAGCGGUUAUAAAGCAUUUUUAGAAACUCAUCAAGAAUUAUGGCAUUUUAUUAAGGUUGAAUUGCAAAAUCACAAAGAGACAUUUGAUCCUAAUUCACCGAGAGACUUAAUGGACACCUAUUUACAAGUUUUACAAUCAGAAAAGUCAAAUGAAACUUUCUCAGAGUCACAACUUUUGGCAAUUUGUGUCGAUUUAUUCAUGGCCGGAUCGGAAACCACAUCGAAAACAAUUGGUUUUUGUUUUUUAUAUUUAGUAUUAAAUCCCGAGGUGCAAAAAAAAGCUCAAGAUGAAAUAGACUCAGUAACGUCACGCAAAAGAUUACCAACAUUAAAUGAUAAAUCAAGAAUGACUUACGUAAAUGCAAUAGUCUACGAAUCCUUAAGAAUAUUUAUGGGAAAAACGAUGAAUGUUCCUCAUAGAGCAAUCGAAGACACAUACAUUUUGGGUCAUCGAAUUCCAAAAGAUACGAUGAUUGUCGUUAAUUUCAAUCGAGUUCUAAUGGAUUAUUUUUGGGAUGACUCCGAAGCUUUUCGUCCGGAAAGAUUUAUCGACGAUGAAGGAAAAUUAGCCAUACCGGAACAAUUUCUACCAUUUAGUUUCGGAAAACAUCGUUGUAUGGGUGAAGUUCUUGCGAAAAGUAACAUUUUCGUUAUGGUAGCAACACUCUUAUCUCAAUUCACAUUCUCAGUUGUUCCUGGCGAGGAGAAGCCUAUUUCUAGUGAAUUUAUUGACGGUGUCACUGCAGGACCAUUGCCAUACAGAGCGUUAGUGACAUUACGUAACUAAUAUUGUUGUUAAAUCUUAAUUUCUAGUUUACACAAAUUUAUAAAUAAAAAGAUUUUUUUUGUUAAAAAUUGA